GUGACAUCACGGCGCUCAGAGCGAGGCUGUGGUAGAGAGGCCGACUGAGCAAGAGUCGCUCGCUGGUCGUGGAGGCUGCUAGAGAGCCGGCGAGAGGGUGAGCGGGCAAGCAGGCGAACGAGUUAGAGCAGGCAGAAAGGAACGUCGUGAGGCGCAGAGAAGCGCCGGGGCCGGGCCGCGGCGGAACCCACAGCCGGAGAGGGGCAGCCCGAGCCGGGCGCCGCGGGGUCCCCACCCCCACUCGGUCGGGCAGUGCUCAGUGUUCCCCCGUGUGGGGGGCGGCGGUGGCGGCGGCGACUGACGGGACCCGACAGGACCGCGGGGUGUUGCCACCUCCACCGAAGAGCCGGCGCGGCCGCGGGCUCCUCAGAGCCGGGGCCCGGGGCUCGUGACAGACGGACCGAGGAAGGGAGAGAGGCGGCGGCGCAGGCGACGGGGAGGCAGCGGCGACACCAUGUCAUCCCCCAGUCCGGGCAAAAGGCGGAUGGACACGGACGUAGUCAAGCUCAUUGAGAGUAAGCAUGAGGUUACGAUCCUGGGAGGACUCAAUGAAUUUGUAGUGAAGUUUUAUGGACCACAAGGAACACCAUAUGAAGGCGGAGUAUGGAAAGUUAGAGUUGAUCUUCCUGAUAAAUACCCUUUCAAAUCUCCAUCUAUAGGAUUCAUGAAUAAAAUUUUCCAUCCCAACAUUGAUGAAGCGUCAGGAACUGUGUGUCUAGAUGUAAUUAAUCAAACUUGGACAGCUCUCUAUGAUCUUACCAAUAUAUUUGAGUCCUUCCUGCCCCAGUUGUUGGCCUACCCCAACCCCAUAGAUCCUCUCAAUGGUGAUGCUGCAGCCAUGUACCUCCACCGACCAGAAGAAUACAAGCAGAAAAUUAAAGAGUACAUCCAGAAAUAUGCAACGGAGGAGGCACUGAAAGAGCAGGAAGAGGGCACCGGAGACAGCUCAUCGGAGAGUUCUAUGUCUGACUUUUCAGAAGAUGAGGCCCAGGAUAUGGAGUUGUAGUAGAAAGGCACCUGCUUUUCAGAAAGACUAUUAUUUCCUAACCAUGAGAAGCAGACUAUAAUAUUCAUAUUUAAACAAAGCAAUUUUUUUUAUUACUAAACAAGGUUUUUAUGAAUAAUAGCAUUGAUAUAUAUAUAUUAUAUAUCACCCUUUAGAUCUUGAUUUCUUGGUCAUUUCUCAACCUGAGGUGCAUAGCAUAUUCCCACAUUCCAUUUUGGUAGCAAUAUGCAGUCCAAAUGCAUGCAUUCACAAGUCCAUUUGGCCAAGUCAGCCUGUGUGCUACUGAACUGUCAAAAGACAGAGCACUCUGAUAGAUAGACAUGGAUAAGAGUAAAGGAAAAAGUUGCUUCUUUUUUUGAUGGUUCCAAAGAAACAAACCAAACCAACCAGCUCUUGGACGUGAAGCUAGAAUAGCGCUUUUUCAAAACAGAAGGGAAAACACUGGGGAGGAAAGGCCUGCUGCUGUGGGAGCCAUUAGAGCCACCACGCAGAGUCAGAGCUGCUCCUUGCUGUGAAUCCUAGGUGGCCCCGUUUCUGCAGAGUAACCAUAUAAAACAGUGAGCUAACUGGAGUAUUGAAACGUAAAGCAAUUUUUUUGACUCAGAUUUUAAGUACAGUUUUAUAUGUAGAUUCCUGCCCUUCUGGCUACCAGGCCCUGCAGCCACAAGUGUUUUGCUUUGGAGAACCUUUUGGAAGUGUUUUCUGAACCUUUCUCUUUCUUGGGGUUGAGUUUGUAAUCCAGACCUUUUUUUGAGAGGACAGGACAGGAGGAGAAAAGUGGCUGGGAAGAUGUUUCCUCUCAGCACGUGCAGAGUCAUACCCUCAUCCUAUUGCUGGCCACUCUGAGACAGCUACCCUGGACUAAGAGCUUUACUUUACAUUUGAGGAUGGUUGUGGGCUUGUUUGGGGUUUUUUGAGGGAGUGUGAGCACAAAUUGUGCUUAGGUUGCGGAUUUAAUCUUCACCUCCCAAGAGAGGGCCUCCUUCCUGGACGGCCCUCGGUGGACCAUUAGCCUUGGAGAGAAGCCCCGUCCAGUGGCUGUGGCUCCUGGGCGCGCUCAUCCAUGUUCUGGUUUUUUUCCUUUUGCUGCUUGGCAGCAGCCUGGGCAUCGCCUGCUUGUGGGAGUGGGAAGUGGGUAUUUUAGACACAACACACAUUCUGAAUUUAAAAUGAGUAAUAUUUGGAUCAAAUAAAGGUUCUAGUAACCAAAGUGACUCUGCAUGGGGCAAACACAGCUUUUUUCAGUGUGUGACUGAAUAGGAGGAAAGGAUUUAGAAAUAUGAUACAGUAGAACAGAUUUUGAAGGAAGAAAAUUUUCUCUCCUGUAUAUGCUACGAUGAAAUCAGACAGUUUAUCCAGUGCCUGCUGAGCAGAUGUUUACUCAGCUAACCCUAUAUCCAGGUUGCCGGCAGAAGUGUCUUUCAAAUAUGAGUGUUGCCUGCUGAAUGUGGAGAACUUUAGAAAGCAACUCUCUUCUUUUUUUGGCCACAACCAAUAGGACAAUAGUAGAAUUAGCCAAUCCUAAAAUCUAGAGACAAUUUUUGAGUGUCCCAGUGGGAUAAUUUUUCUUUCUGGUGUGUGUUUCUAGUUUAGAAGUACUGUAUUCCACAAGAUGUGAGUCAAUGAGGUUGGAAUCUAUCCUCUUUUUUCAAAAAGCACAAUCAAUCUUUUCUUUGAAAAUCUGUAUAAAGUACAACUUGCUUUUAGCAUGAUUAUUUUCCUAAAUAAAAAGACAAAAAAUUUACUUAUUUUAUGUUAAUUACGGGCAUGAAGCAAAAGAUUUUCUUUAAAAAAAAUGGAAAGUGCAGUUACUUAGGGCUGUGGUUAGUUAACCGUACUGAGUUAUCUCUAGCAUUUGUGGCGGUGGGAAGGGUAGUGGUAACUUGAACAUGUAAUGGUGUACUCUUAACUCUAGCACGUUUCUUACUACUCUGGGGGAGGGAGGGUCUCUGCCGGCACUGUCUUGCUCACCUGCUGGAUUAGCAGUUGGCUUGUUCUGUGACUGUUCUUGUAGGUGCGAUCUAGGGUAGGCUUAAAGUGCUGGGUGGUGAUUUGAGUUCAAACAAUAAAAAAUUGUAUUUUUUCAA